UUUUCACAUCCGUACCACCGUAGUGGGGGCGUGGCCACGGUAUAAACGUAAUUCCGUGAAAACUAUGCCCCUGUCAGUCACGGUCUGCUUCUCUGGUGGUGUGCGAGGCUGCGAGCUCAAGAGGAACGACUUUUCAGACGCGGAUAGACAAAAGACCCAACCAUGGCCUCUGGGGUGACAGUGACCGAUGAAGUUAUUACAGUCUUCAACGAGAUGAAGGUGCGUAAGGCCCAGGCGAACGAGGACGAGAAGAAGAAGCGGAAGAAGGCGGUGCUGUUCUGCCUGAGCGAGGACAAGAAACAUAUCGUCCUUGAAUCGGGUAAAGAGAUCCUGACUGGCGAUGUGGGUACUACCAUUGCAGAUCCCUACCUGCACUUUGUCAAGAUGCUGCCCGCAGAUGACUGUCGCUACGCCCUCUAUGACGCUACAUACGAGACCAAGGAGACCAAGAAAGAGGACCUGGUCUUCAUCUUCUGGGCCCCAGAUGGUGCUCCACUGAAGAGCAAAAUGAUCUACGCCAGCUCAAAGGACGCCAUUAAAAAGAAAUUCACAGGUAUCAAGCAUGAAUGGCAAGUUAACGGUUUGGAGGACAUCAAAGAUCGGCGAACCUUAGCAGAGAAGCUUGGAGGCUCAUCAGUGGUCACCCUUGAAGGUGGGCCUGUAUAAAUCCCAUCUCGGGUAUGAUCUGAGGCCUACAGGGAAAGGAGAAAAAAAACGAAUUUUAAAUCCCGUGGGUAUGGAUGUUCAUUCCGGAAUGAUAAGGAAUUAGGUGAGGGGGUUUAGAGUACACAUUUGAGGGUGUUUGGGAUGGGGUAUUUUGUUGUGUGGAGAAAAAUCAAGCAUGCUGUUUCAUGGUUUAAAAUUGUGGUUCUUUCCACUUGUCACAAUGAAGAACACAGACAUGUCUUAAAUGGCAAUUUGUGAUGAAGGAUUAUGACAAAAUAGAUUUGUCACCAUUUCUGAGAUUGGCCUUGCAAUUUCCAAACUCAUGAACAAAAUGGGUUUUACAGAAUGACCUUUUUUUUUUUUUUUUUUUUAAACAGAUGAGUACUGGUUAUGUCUCUUGUUUAAUGGAGGGGUGUCUGGAUCAGGCAGAUGAAAGAAACUAAUGAGCAAGUCUAUGACCAACCUACUGGGUUAAUUUAUGCACUUUGUUCACAUGAAUCUGAUGGCAAUUCCUGUAUUGCCAAAUUAGUUAUUCUUUAGCAUGUCGAGCUAAAUCUAUUUUUAUUUUCCAGCAUGCUUCCAGUAAAAUUUAAAUUCCAAAAUGUGACCUUAUUAGAAUAAGUUAUUUCCAAAACCUUUGAGCAAACAGUAAAUGCGCUGUGUACAAACAAAAAUGCAUUCCUUUUUUCAUGAUAAAAUCUCAGAACAGCUUGAACAGGGAUCAAUUGGAGUCAGGGGUAUGUCAUAGUGUGGGUGGCUCAAGUUGGAAGAAGCCUAUGAGAGCAAGUAAAGUGUGGAUGUAUAUGUGGGUGUUCUGUUUUUGUCUCCUUUUGUCUAAAAUAAAGAAAAUGCAUUUACUA